GCCCGCCCCCUCGAUAUUGCGGAAGUGUAACUUGCAGAAGUUCACCCUGCUGUCCUGUGGCUCAGUGCAGGUUCUGUUCGGGAACAGGAGGAUAAUUACGUGUUAGAAUGUCUUUGUCAUUCGAGGGAAGAGUCGUGCUGGUCACUGGAGCCGGAGGAGGCCUUGGCAAAGAAUAUGCACUGGCUUUUGCUGAAAGAGGCGCUUCAGUCGUAGUGAAUGACCUUGGGGGAGAUAUUAAAGGGGGUGGAAAGAGUUCUGCAGCUGCAGAUAAGGUGGUGGAGGAGAUAAGAGCGAAGGGAGGCAAAGCUGUGGCCAACUAUGAUUCUGUAGAAGAUGGGGACAAACUCAUCCAGACGGCGUUGGAUGCAUUUGGAAGAAUAGAUAUUCUUGUAAACAAUGCUGGGAUCCUUCGAGACCGAUCCUUUGCGAGAACAAGCGAUAUGGACUGGGACAUUAUUCACAGAGUUCACUUGAGAGGCUCGUUUUUGGUGACGCGAGCUGCCUGGAACCACAUGAAAAAACAGAAUUUUGGCAGGAUCAUCAUGACGGCCUCAGCUGCAGGCAUCUACGGUAACUUCGGCCAGGCCAACUACAGCGCUGCCAAGCUGGGAAUGCUGGGACUGGCCAACACCCUGGCCAUCGAGGGACGCAAGUACAACAUCCACUGCAACACCAUCGCUCCUGUGGCUGGGUCGCGUCUCACGGAGACUGUGAUGCCCCCAGAUCUUGUGGCGUCUCUGAAGCCGGAGUAUGUGGCUCCCCUCGUCCUCUGGCUCUGCCACGACCAGUGCCAGGAAAAUGGAGGCCUGUUUGAGGUGGGAGCAGGCUGGAUUGGUAAAUUGCGCUGGGAGCGCUCUCAGGGCGCCAUCGCGAGGCAGAAGAACCAACCAAUGACUCCUGAGGCUGUCAGGGACCGGUGGGACAAAAUCUGUGAUUUUACAGACGCCGGCAAGCCUCUUAGCAUCCAAGAGUCUCUCCAUUCUGUAGUGGAGGUCCUGUCUCGAGUGGAGGGUGGAGAGGUCGGUUUGAAUCCAACUGCUGCCGUGGCUUCGGCGUCAGGCAUGAAUCCUACCGACGCAGUGGGGCAGAAGCUGACACCGAACACACUGAGCUUCAACUCCACCCAGUGUAUUCUGUAUGCGCUGGGGGUCGGGAUGUCUACUAAAGACCCAGACCACCUCAGAUUUCUGUAUGAAAGACAUGAAGACUUUAGUUGCCUCCCCACUUUUGGGGUAAUUCCUGCUCAGGCAGUCAUGAUGGAAGGAGGCUUGAGUUCAAUCCCUGGACUCAACAUAGACCUCACGCAGGUGUUGCAUGGAGAGCACUAUCUGGAGCUGUACAAACCUUUACCCACCUCAGGUGCUCUCACCUCUACGGGCACCGUAGCAGAUGUGUUGGACAAAGGCUCCGGCGCCAUCAUUCUCCUGGACGUGCACACCUACGAUGGCAACCAGCUGCUGUGCUACAACCAGUUUUCAGUGUUUGUGGUUGGAGCUGGAGGAUUUGGAGGCAGGAGGACCUCUGAGAAAGCCAAAACUCCUCUGCCUCCGCCUCAGCGGGCACCAGACGCUGUGGUGAUUGAUUCAACCACCAGAGACCAAGCAGCCUUGUAUCGUUUGAGUGGAGACUGGAACCCUAUGCACAUAGACCCCAGCUUCGCUGCCAUGGGAGGCUUUAAGGCUCCAAUCCUGCACGGCUUGUGCUCGUUUGGCUUCGCUGCGAGACACGUCCUCAGGCAGUACGCAGACAAUGACCCCUCCAGAUUCAAGGCCAUCAAGGUUCGUUUUGUGAAGCCGGUGAUGCCGGGUCAGUCUCUACAGACGGAGAUGUGGAAGGAGGGAAACAGGAUUCACAUCCAGUGCAAGGUGAAGGAGACAGAUGCUCUUGUGCUGUCAGGAGCCUACGUGGAUUUACACCCUGCAUCUGAUGCCAAUCCAGAAAACCUCCCUCAAGUUGGAGGUCUUCAGAGUGACCUGGUGUUCGCCGAGAUCGGUCGUCGCAUUAAAGCCCUGGGUGCAGAUUUGGUGAAGAAGGUGAAUGCGGUGUUCGGCUGGGAGAUCACGAAAGACGGCAAGAAGGCGGCGGAGUGGACCAUCGACCUGAAGAACGGCGGCGGUUCCCUGCAUCACGGCCCUCACAGCAGCAAGGUGGAUGUGACCUUCACCGUCUCGGAUGAAGACUUCAUGGAGGUGGUGCGGGGGAAACUCAACCCCCAGAAGGCGUUCUUCUCUGGCAAGCUGAAGGUUAGAGGUAACAUCAUGCUGAGUCAGAAGCUGGAGGUCAUCCUCAAGGACCAUGCCAAGCUGUGAGCUCCUCAGCCAAUCACAUCAGCUUCAGGACUAACCAACCUACUGUACGCUACCACUCAUUCAUGUGUUCACACAAUUAGCCUCAAAAUAAUAAAACGUACAGAACAGACAAAAAGCAGAUGUUUUAAGGGCCGUGUUGCUUUUCAACUUUACUUACUGACAGCAGUUAAUGGUUCCGUGACAUUUCUUUGCUUGGUCGUGUGCUCCUUAACACACUUUUCUUGAGGGAUCCCAAUGAAAAAUGAAUCAUCAGUUAAAUAAUCAGUCAUAUUCAUUUUAUUUGAAAUGAACAUUUUCUACAGUUAAACAAAGUUCUGUCCAGUUGAAAUCAAGUUUAAUGCAUCUCAUACUGUUUUAAUCAUAAGAUGGAUGUAAAGUUUACUACUGUACUUACAAAAAUAUCUACUAUUUUAUUAUCAGUAAUAUUACUGUAAUGAAAUACUUGUUCUAUAGAAAUAAAAUGUGAUUCAUAUUCUAACCUUAUAGAACUUAACCAUUUAUCUGUGCGACUUGUUGAGGAGUAAAACAUUUUGCAGCUUCAGGAUUACUGGAAAUGAAUGAUGUUUAACAUCAACAACCUGAAUGUUCAGGUGGCAGUGAAGUAAACGGCUAAAUAAAGUUCUGUGAAUUAAA